AAAGUUUCGCAACACUCGGGAAGACCUAAAAAAUUGCAAGGCUCGUCUGGAUUAUUCGGAGCCAAUUCUAGAAAUGUACCGAAAUCUACGGAAAACGGCGCUGGAGCGAAACGCGAAAGAAGGUGUGAUGCGUUGGAUCGCGUUGGACGAUGUAAAGCUGGUCGAGAUCAAGCAAAACCGACAGCCAUACGAAACCCGUCGCGGAACACCCAAAAGCAACCAGAAGUAGAAAAGGUCGCGAUGGUGGCGGCGUUUGCAUACUUUCUCGUAAGCGAAUUCAAGCUGCCUGCAUGGCUCAGUCACAUGACACCAGCCACAAUGAACAUAUAUAUAAUCGUUGACUUUUCUCCGCAUCAUCAUCCUCGAGGAUUAGAACCAUUAUCACCCAAAUCACAAUAA